AUGGAAGAGCUCUUUGAUGAUUUAAUUUGUCUUGAUGAAGAAGGAGAAUCGCUGGAAUCUAGCACGAGCGAAAAUUUACUAGAGAUCAACCAAAAAACUCAUCACUCUGGGAUGCAAUCAGAAUCAUGUGCAAAUCACCGCAAGAAGCAUGAUAAUAUUCCACGAUGUCGCUUUUCUGGUGUCAGACAAAUGUCUCCUAGAUAUUGUUUUCAUGAGAAAACGUCUGAUGUGACACGGAACGAUUUUUAUGGAGAUGCAAAAUCUAGGAGAAUGGGAAAUACGGAUGAACUUACUAUCGACAGAAAUUUUUUAGAAGUUGAUAGCUGCGAAGGAGAUGACACUGAUUUCUCAGAGUCAGGAAACCAGUCACCAGGAAAGGGAGAGAAUAGGGUCGAUGUUAAUCAUGUAAGCUUAACAUCAUCAAUGGCUCUACAAAUAUAUGGUGAUGAUGAAGAUUGGCCUUAUCUUUCCGGCGAUGUUGAUGAGGAAGCCGUACGAUUAGCAGCAAGCUUGGACGCAGACGUAACUGAGGCAAAAGAUGACUCACAACAGGAUCAGUGGAAGGAAUGGAAUGCAGUGGAAAUGGAAAAGAGGACCAACAGAUGGGAUACGCAACCAUAUUGUAACAGCAAUGGAUCAUCUCAUCACAGCAAGACUCCAGAUAAGCUUGAUGACUCGAAACGACCAUUAAGAAAAUUUUCUCCAUUCGCAUCAAGUAGAGAACGCCGAUCAGUAGUGCAUGCACAUCGUGAAGCAAGUCAUCAUGUGGUGGACAAUGAAUAUUCGCGAUACUGUCGUCAAGAGCUAGUGAAACACCAUGAUUUAUCAGGACGACGGGAUCGUGUGGAGCGUAUUUCACUUUUUAUGUCUUCACGAAGUCGUCGAAGUUCUCUGCAGACCAGGGUUGGACCAUCAUUACUUUAUUCAAGGAAGACGUAUGUGCCUUAUCCUAAUUCCUAUAGAAAGGAUGAUCUAUUGAAAAGAUCUAGUGGAAUCAGUGGUGUCGUUAUCAAACGGUCGUAUCAAAUCAAGACCCAGUUAUUGGACAACGUUGCAAAAAAAAGAAAAGUAAAUUUUGAGAAUUCGGUUCAUAAAAUGGAGUGUAAUAAGGCCAAGUCAGAUAUCGUUCCAAAAAAUCCUGCAAUACUUCCUCCCAUUGCUAGUGCUGCACUCCCAAAGGCUGAUGAAGUGAAGGCUCUUACUGAAGAAAAGUAUGCUAAGGUGAAAGUACUUAAUGGAAGUGUUCAGUUUUCGAAAAAACCUGAACAUGAAGAAAUUCCGAAGAAAAACUUGCGAUGGAUUUUGACUACCAAUCAAUUUCAACCUGGUGGAAAGGAAAGUUUCGUGGAACAUAAGAACCGCAGUUAUUCAGAGGCAGUUUCAGGAUGUCAAGUUACCGCCGUGAUAAAUAGUCGUCAGGAUACACUAAGAAGAAAUCCAAUCAAAUUACGGCUUCCUAAUCUUCCGUUACAUGAUUUCUAA